UCGUUUUCCGUCCUCAAAAUCAACCCUGCUUUCUCUGCAACUUCUCUAUUCAAGGUAAAAAACCCUCUUGAUUUUUUUUUUUUUGGGUUUUUACUUAUAGUGUUAAGGGUUUAGUUUCUGAUUAAAAAGUUUUAAUCUUUUAUUUCUUCAUCUCCAAGUUUUGUAAAAUUUCUUUAAUUGGGUCAUCAAUUAUUUUAAAAUAUAAUUAAGAGCUGUUUAACGACUUGUCAAAUGAAGGGUUCAUGUUAUUACAUCCAACUAAUAACAGAACUCACAACUGUUUAUAUUUGUUGUUUUUUCUAUAAAUACAAUCACCUAACUGUUUAGCUUCAAUUUAUAAAUUCUAUUUUUUAGUUUCCUUUUUUUCUUCAAUUAUUUCACUUGGGUGUUUGUUGAUUGGAUUUUUAUGUAUAAUUCAGCUGAAAAGAUUCAAACUUUGUUCAAAUUUGAAUUUAGGUUUUUUGAGUUUUUUAGGGUUUCAGUUUGAUUGAACUGUGUAAUGAUCAGAGGGUUUUUAUUGGGUUUUUGAUUUUGAGAAUUUUAGCCAAAUUGCGAUUAGUUGUAUAGGGUGGAGUUGAGAAUUUUCAUUUGGUGAGUGUUUUUUGGGGUUUUGAGAGAGUUUGAAUUGAUGUUGUUGGGGUGUUGAUUAGAGAUUGGAGUUUAGUAUGGAUGAAUCUCAGGGGAGUUCGAAUUCGUUGCCGCCGUUCCUUUCGAAGACUUAUGAGAUGGUGGAUGAUCCUUCUACAGAUCCAGUUGUUUCAUGGAGUCCUAGUAAUAAAAGCUUUAUUGUGUGGAAUCCGCCGGAGUUUUCGAGGGAUAUGCUCCCGAGAUUCUUUAAACAUAAUAACUUUUCAAGCUUCAUCAGACAGCUCAAUACUUAUGGUUUUAGAAAGGUCGAUCCAGAACAAUGGGAAUUUGCAAAUGAAGAGUUUAUAAGAGGUCAACCCCAUCUCAUGAAGAACAUUCAUAGACGUAAGCCUGUUCAUAGCCAUUCUCUGCAAAAUUUGCAAGGACAAGGGUCGAGUCCUUUGACCGAAUCGGAAAGACAGAAUUUGAAGGAUGAUAUAGAGAGGCUUAAACAUGAGAAAGAAUCACUUGUUGUGGAGUUAAGGAGGCAUGAACAGGAGCGGCAAGGGUUCGAGAUGCAAAUGCAGGUUCUGAAAGAGAAAUUGCAACAAAUGGAGCGGCGACAACAAACUAUGGUAUCUUUUGUGGCUCGAGUCUUGCAGAAACCGGGACUUGCUUUAAAUCUCACGUCACAAUUAGAACCCGGACAUGAUAGAAAGAGAAGGCUCUCGAGAAGUGGUUAUUUUUACGAUGAGGCCAGCAUUGAGGAUAGUCAGGCUUUGACUUGCCAAAACAUUACUCGAGAAAAUGCAGAUAGUAAUUCUGCUGCAAUGUCGAAUAUAGAACAGUUCGAGCAGUUGGAGUCAUCUUUAACCUUAUGGGAAAGCAUUACGAAUGAUGUUCAAACUAACAUCCAACGGAGUUCGAGUAUGGAGUUGGAUGAAUCUACCAGCUGUGCAGAUAGCCCAGCCAUUUCAUGUGUACAACUUAAUAUUGAUAUUCGGCCUAAAUCACCUACAAUUGACAUGAAUUCCGAGCCUGUUGCUGCUUCAGCUCCCGAGAAUGAUCCUCCGGCGGAACAAGCAACCGCGACUGCUCCUACAGUGGCAACUGGAGUCAACGAUGUAUUCUGGGAACAAUUUUUGACAGAGAAUCCUGGGUCAGCUGAAACGCAGGAAGUUCAAUCAGAAAGAAAGGAUACCAGUGACAAAAAAAACGAGAUCAAACCGAGUGAUCAAGGAAAGUUUUGGUGGAAUAUGAGAAAUGUAAAUAAUCUUGCUGAGCAAAUGGGGCAUCUUACUUCUGCAGAGAGAACAUGAAAUUGCUUGUAUUUUCCAGAUUCAGAGGCUUCAGAGUCUCUCAUGUAAUAAAUUUAGGUACGAUUUACUCGAUACGAUACCAAUAGAUUCAUGCUUUAAUUUGUCUCAAACUUAUGUUGCAUUUGGUAUAUUAGGUGCUGCUAUACUUAAA